GGAGUAACAUGGCAGAGAAAGUCUGUACCUGUGUUAUUUGUGGAAAUAACACAUCCGUGUUAUAUUCUUUGUCCAGAAAUUCAGAGCUAAGGAACAGAUGGUUAGAAUUUAUCUAUGGAACACCACCAGCGAGGUACAAUACUUACAUAUUGGUGUGUUGUAGUCAUUUUGAACGCAGUGACUUCUCCAACUAUGGUGAAUACAGUAGGGGUUUUGCUUCAAUGUUGAUAUUAAAACCUGGAUCUGUACCGUCACGCCGAUCGACCACCAGCUCACAGCCGAGCACAUCACAGACAUUGGUGACACCCAUCAUUCAUACCAGUACCCAAACAGACCCACCCAGCCUUUUAUGUCGGGCUACACAACUUUCUAGGGGUACAUUAGGCCCUCACUUUAGAAGCAAAGGUACCCAAACAGAGUCUUUCAUCACAAGUACGAGUAUUGCCACAAGUACUUUGGAUGCACCGUGGGGGCCUGUACACUCUACACCCAUUAAGUCUGUUGUUCCAAGGGCAGCUAAAAGACCUUGGGUAGAUGAAGAGGAGGAGGAGGAUGAAGAGAGUGACCACUGCACAGUACCAACUGAACCCCAGUCCUCCACCUAUGAUCCGCAGGACAACACAAGCUGGAACAACAACUCGGACCUUUCUCCCUAAAUAACCCCAGCACCAGCUUACAAAUGACCUGUAGGCCAGAUGUCUGCAUUGCCUAGUAAACAGAGAAAUUUGUAAAUUCUGAACAUUGUUUCGAUGUUAUUAUUUUGUUUUGCCUUAUUUUUCAAUUCUACUCUAUGUAAAUAUAAUAAAAAGGUAUUUAAUUUGACAAUGGA